CCCGGAUGAUUUUCCACGCUUCUAAAGUUGAACCUGGCUCAAAAAUUCUAAUUAAAUCCUCAGACACUGAUGUAUUAAUUAUUUUACUGGGAAAUAUUAAUAGUAUGGAGCAUUCUGAAAUUUGGCUGGCGAGUUCAGUAAAUAAAAAGAAAAAUACAAAAGAUCUAGAUUUCAUUAAUUGCAUGGAUUUGGCAAAAAACUGGGACCUACAUUAUGCAAAAGUCUACCUGCUUACCAUGCGUUUAAAGGUAGUGAUUACACGGCCGCUUUUUAUAAUAAAGAUAAAGUUAGGCCGUUUAAAAUUUUCUCACAAAACGAAACCUACCAAAAAAUUUUUGCAUCUUUGCUAGAUGAGGCCGACAUUUUCAUUUCUGAGAAAAUGAAUGUUGUUCAGGAGUUUACGGCCAAUAUGUAUGGUAUCAAACACGGUGUCAGUGUUAAUGAAGCAAGAUAUCAAAUUUUCAUUAGAACAAACUCUGCAAAAGAAGAUAACGAUACUUUUUUAAAAAGAGUCAAAUCCUUCGACUCAAACAUUAUACCACCGUGCUGGUCUUCAUUAAUGCAAAAAAUUUUGCGUACUAUCUACGUUAAUUCUAUGUGGCUUCAGGCGACAGAUCAACUAUGUUUAAAAUUGCGUCCUGAAAAUUGUGGCUGGACUUUGGAGAAUAAUUAUUUGAAACCAAUUGGAUUUAUUGGUGAUCAAAUGCCUUUAAAAAUCGACGACAUUGCACAAAUGACUGAUAAUGAAAAUGAUGAUGAGUCUGAAAAUCAACCGGUAACUUCCGAUGAAUCCGAUGGUGAAUGUUAA